AUGCCGAAAAACUGUGUUGCAAUUGUGGUCGCCCUGCUGACGGUUGGGUUAACCGUUGGAGCUGCCACUGAAACGAACGGGCGUGUUGUGUGCAGCUUCUCGAGUGCAGCCGCCAAUCGAGCUAACGAGUAUGAGUUUCGUAUCGAAGACAUCCCGCUGCCACUUUGUACGCACGUUGUCUACGAUGGCAUGCAGCUAGACGUGUUCACUUUGGAGCUGAUCCCGGGAAAUCCACCGUUUGAUGUGCUGGAAAAUGGAUGGGAGAAAUUUUCCGACCUAAAGCGUACCGAUCCUGACGUGAAGCUGUUGCUGAGCAUUCGCAGUCCGUUUUUAGCACGCGCAGCAUCAACGGCGGAAAACCGGGGAGCACUGAUCAAAAGCAUCCUCUCGUAUAUGGAUUGGAUGCGGUUGGACGGGAUCGAGCUACUGUGGCUCGAAGAAUCUUUCGACUCCUCUGAUUCAACGGAUGCAAACGAGUCGAUAUACACGCUGCUAGAGGAGCUGAAGCGAGCCUUUGAGACGGCUGGACAUCCGACCUGGGAGGUGAUCGUGAUGCUCGAGAUCGAGCGUAACCAAAUCGAUCACGAACGAUUGUGCAAGUUGGUUGACUUCGUGCACUUUGUGGCCAUCUCCGAGCAGAAGGUGAUUGAUCCACCCGGAACGAAAGAGGCUUCGUUCACGUACCGUUUGUUCAACAUCGGUGAUCGCAAGCAUCUUACGCUCGAUCGUGCGGUGCAUUACUGGAUUGAGCGUAAAUGUCCCGCCAACAAACUCGUCCUUGGUGUUCUGUUUCCGGCCCGCACUUACACACUUCCCGAGGGCGUACGAUACGGUCCUUCGAGGGAACCUGGACGGGCUUGUGCACAGACGCAGGAACCGGGACUUUGCGGGUACUUCGAGUUGUGUCAGCUGCUCAACGGCACCGACUGGACCGUGGGAUGGGACGAUGUGCAAGGGAUUUUCCCGCGAGCAACGGACACUACCGAUCAGUGGGUGGCGUACGAGAACGAGAUCUCCGUCGGACGGAAGGGCUACAUCGCGAGAUCGAACGGGUUGGCCGGAGUGUACGGUUUGUCCAUAGAUCAGGAUGAUUACCGGGGCAAAUGCGGUGAUGCGUUUCCACUCACGAAAGCUCUUUGGCGAUCGUUCCUGCACACGUUGGACGCGAAAUUCAACGUUUCCGCAAGUUGGAAUUUGAAUUGA